GUGGAAGGACAGGAGUGAGUCUCCAUUCGGAAUCUGGCCAUGGAGUCGACUAGAGGAGCCAUCUUGGUUGUUUUUCUGCUGGUGGCAUGUUCCUCAUCCAAUGCCAAAGUCGAAGAGGAGAACCCAGAGUUCUGGCGGACACAGGCCCGGAAGACGCUGCAGGAAGCUUUGGACAGGAAGCUCAAUACCAACGUUGCCAAGAACAUCCUGUUCUUCCUCGGAGAUGGAAUGGGGAUCACAACCUUUACAGCAGCUCGUAUUCUCAAGGGUCAACUGCAGAACCAGACAGGAGAAGAGACUGUGAUGACCAUGGACACAUUCCCAAAUGUGGGAUUGGUAAAGACCUAUAGUGUGGACUUUCAGAUUCCUGACAGUGCAGCCACAGGUACAGCUUACCUGUGUGGAGUGAAAACCAACCUCAACACCAUCGGAGUGAGUGCAGCUGCACGCAACGGAGCAUGCAAGACUCAGAAGGGCAGGGAGGUCACAUCUAUUCUGAAAUGGGCCAAAGACGCCGGUAAGUCUGUUGGUAUUGUCACAACCACACGGGUGCAACACGCUACUCCAGCUGCCAGCUAUGCCCACAGUGCCAGUAGGAAGUGGUACAGUGACGCUGACAUGCCUGAUGCUGCCAAGAGGGAUGGAUGCACUGACAUCUCCUCCCAGCUUCUCAAAAAUACUGACAUUGAUGUGAUCAUCGGUGGUGGCAGAAAGUACAUGACGCCCAGAGGCACCAAGGACCCAGAAUACCCCAGAGAUUUCUCCUCUCGAGGCAAGAGGAAGGAUGGACACAAUCUCAUCAAUGAGUGGAAGAAGAUGAAAAUGGGAAAGGUAGCGCACUAUGUGUGGAAUAAAACAGAUUUUGAUGCUGUUGACCCGGAAAAAACAGAUUACCUGAUGGCUCUGUUUGAACCUGGUGAUCUGCGCUUCGAGGUGGAAAGGGACCCAAGCAUGGACCCCUCCAUUGUUGAGACCACAGAAAAGGCCAUCCGCAUUCUCCAGAAGAAUCCUAAUGGCUUCUUCCUGCUAGUAGAGGGUGAGGACAAGACCACACACAACCAGUUCUCCAAUGGAUUCCCCUUCCGAGGACAAAGCAUUCUGGGUAAAUCCCCGCUGUGGGCUACAGACAUACAGCCUUACACCAUCCUGAUGUACGGCAAUGGACCUGGACACAAACUCAUCAACGGCUCGCGCCCUGAUAUCCGCAAUGUCAACACAAAAACUAAAGACUACGUCCAGCUGGCGGCAGUGCCCACAGAGUCGGCCACCCACAGUGGAGAGGAUGUGGCAGUGCUGGCCCGUGGACCCAUGGCUCACAUUUUCCAGGGCGUCAAUGAGCAAAACUAUGUCGCCCACGCCAUGGCCUACGCUGCCUGUGUGGGCACUGACCAGAGGCAUUGCCAGGGCCUAAAUGUAGUCGAAGCUACCACACCUGGUGAAAAUAUGGCCGUUCAGGUUCAUAGCUCAGUGGUUCUGGUCACUAGCCUCCUCACUUGUCUGGUGGUUCAAGUGGUGCUGAUGUAAGCUUCUGUUCAUCUGCAAAUCCUAAUGAUCUCACACCACAUGUGACAUUUAAGACAUGUAAGCUUUCUCUUAUUCAAAACAUGACGACCAGCAGGGAGACAAGUAAAAAUGGAUUUUAGCCACUUAACAAAGAGUUAACUCAAAGUCAGUGGUGUAUCCUCUGAAUAUGUUUGCUGUUUAUAAACAUGAUUAAUAUAUCAAAUAUUCAUGAUGGCUUUAAUCAAAUUGUAGUCACAGUUGGAAUACAAUGUGAAAACAUUAGUGCUGUCAGUUAAAUGCAACACCACUUUUCUAUGUUGAUAAAAGCAUUAAAAUGAGAAAAGAUAAUGGGACAAAUAGAAAUCAAGGGACAUUUAGAAUAGAUAUAAAUGUGCCAUUAAUUGGGAGUUAACUACUGUAUGACAUUAAUGCGAUUAAUUGUGAUUAAAUAUUUUAAUUGUUUGGCAGCACUAGAAAACAUAAUUUAGUGUCAUCCAGAAGGAAACUGACCUUUCUCUCUUCUACACCAAAGACCAUAGAGAAAAUCACAGUGUUUGGCUAACAGAUAUUUGGGAGCUGAUGUUCUAUACUGCUGCCAUAUGUGGUAAGUUUGUGGGACAUGAGUAAAUAAGAAAGGAUUUGAAACCCUGAAGUUAUGAAAUUACUUAUUUUAACUUGUUGGUGGAGGCAGUGGAUCAACAUCUCAUGUGUGAUGUAAAAUCACUGAUUUUCUCCAUGGACUUUGGUGUGGGAAGUGAGUAGUUUACUAAGUGACACAAACUUCAGUUUCCCUCUUGUGAUGGAUAAAAUGGUGUACAAUUUUCUAAAGAUAUCAUAGGUGAACAUUUUAUUAGAUGAACCUCUCGUUAAGCUGCUAAAAUCCCUGUUUUCAGUGAGCAUCCAUGUCUUGAGCUUAACGAUGUGUCAAUAGUACCGUAUACAACAUGUCAUAAAACCUUAACUAGGCUUUAAGGAGUUUCCCAGACGUCCAGUACAAAGAAUCAUUAUGUUAUGCUGUGAAUGAGGAUGGGCAUUACAAGUUUUGGAAUAAAAAUCCAUUGAAUGACAAUUUGUUUUGCAGUUUUCGCAUGUGUCAUUCUAAUAAAGUGGACCUUGACAUUUA